AUGUCCAUAACCGAGAUAAUUUCUGUCCCUCAGCUCAAUGAUAUUCUUAAAAAGGACAAAGGGAAAGUGUCGGUGAUUGAUUUUCAUGCCCACUGGUGUGGACCAUGCCAUGCCAUCGCCCCUACAUACGAAGAUCUUUCGAGAAAAUACAAAAACAUCAACUUCCUGAAGUGCGACGUGGAUGCAGCGAAGGACGUAGCAUCUGCGUAUCGGGUGUCUGCAAUGCCGACGUUCAUCUUUCUCAGAGGCACGGAAAAAAUUGAUCAAGUCCGGGGUGCUGAUCGAAACGCACUGGAGAAUGCGGUUCGGAGACAUUCAACCGGUUCUUCUUCCUCAGGGGCGUUCUCUGGGAAGGGUCAGACCCUUGGCGGAGGUCCAGCGAAUUCCUCCUCCAGGGAUAACUAUGGCGGUCCGCAGGUUCCACUGGCAGGACUUGACCGUCAAGCCCAGGUCUUCCUUGCUUUGAUAGCGGCAUAUGUGUUCUUCUGGUAUCUCAGUUCCUAG